AAGAUCCCAGGGUUUGCUUUUUGUUGUUGACAAGUCAAUCAGUCGGUCACCAAUGAGACGGCUGGCGUUAUUUCCAUAUUAUCGUUGGGUAACGUAACUGAGUCUGCUUUUCACAGCCGACGCUUGUUUUCCACCGUUUCUUUAAACAGAUUCCUUCAACUUACCGUCUGUGUGUCAUGUGGAGCGGUUAUCCCAUAGGUACCCUUUAUUCUCUUUCUUCAUCUCAUUCGCUAAUACUGCUGAAUCUAUGCAUAUCCGCUUGAUGAGGAGAGGGGUUUUAUCACAGUUCUCAGCUGGCACAGAUUUCGUGAAUAUUUCAGUGCAUCUUGAAGCUUGAUCGGUUAUUGAUUUUGGUGGGAUUGGAUUUUGUUUAUGAUUUGUUCAUGGGUUUGAGGGUUGGUCAUGGUGUAGUGGGAAUGUAAUUUCUAUCCAAGCAAAAACGAAAGGAUGCCUACAAAAGAGCAAAUGGGUGAAAAUUUUCUUACAACCUUAUCCAUGGAAAGCAAUCAUUUGUCCACUCUCUUGUCUAUGGACUCAAGUUCAUUGACUCACGAUGAAAUAGAGAGAGAGUUGAAUCUGGCGGUUAAUCUUUUGCAGCCACCGCCUGAUAUCAAUCUCCCGCUUUCAGCUGAGCCAAGCCCGUUGCCCCAGAAUUCUUGGAAUGAUGCUUGUGAAAUGCUAGAGGUCAGUCUUGGACCCCAGCAUUAUGAGGUUGAGAUGAAUACUAAUAGUGUCCCCAAGGGUGGGAAGAAAUGUGCAAAUGCAAAGCGCCUUGAUAGUGUUUGGGGUGCUUGGUUUUUCUUCAAUUUCUAUUUUAGACCUGUUUUGAAUGAAAAGUCCAGGGGAAAACUUGCUCGUGAGUGUAAUGGGGUUUGCAGUGGGUAUGAUAAGUCAGAUUUGAAGCUGGAUGUUUUCUUGGUUCAACAUGAUAUGGAGAAUAUUUACAUGUGGGUUUUUAAGGAGAGGCCAGAAAAUGCAUUGGGGAAGAUGCAGUUGAGAAGCUAUAUGAAUGGGCAUUCACGCCAAGGGGAGAGACCAUUUCCAUUUAGUGUGGAAAAGGGUUUCGUUAGAUCCCACAAAAUGCAGAGAAAACAGUACAGGGGUCUUUCUAACCCCCAAUGUGUCCAUGGCAUUGAAAUUGUUCCAUCUCCUAAUCUUAUGGGACUUGAUGAGGAUGAGCGCAAGAAAUGGAUGAAACUUACAGGCAGAGAUGUGAACUUCUCAAUCCCUGUUGAAGCCAGUGAUUUUGGCUCAUGGAGGAAUCUUCUUAAUACAGAAUUUGACCUUGAAAGGCCUUUGCAGUUGAAAGAUAAUUUAAAUCCCCACCUGAAAAAAUUGCUCAAUGGCUCUGGUUUAAAUUUGUCAACUCAUGCACCCAACCACGUAACUACUGAAAGAAUGGACCCUCUGAGAGUGUGCAGUAAGAGUAAGAAAAGUUUCUCCCAGCGAGGAAAUGAUGAUGAUUGCUGUUUGCCUAAUGAUUCCCACUCCGACAAAGUUUUGGACAUCCAUGUGAUUGAGCCUCCUUGGUUAAGUGAGUUUUCUGGAGUUAUGAGGAGCGCAUAUGGGCCAGUAACUGCAGCAAAAACUAUCUAUGAGGAUGAUGAGGGAUUUUUGAUUGUUGUCAGCAUGCCUUUCGCAGAUCUUCAAAGGGUGAAAGUUACAUGGAGGAACACCCUCGCGCAUGGGAUUGUUAAGAUAUCUUGUGUGAGCAUUGGGUGCAUGCCAAUAAUUAAGAGGCAAGACAGGACAUUUAGGCUAACAGAUCCAGCCCCUGAGCACUGCCCUCAAGGAGAGUUUAUCAGAGAAAUUUCUCUUCCAACACGUAUUCCUGUAGACGCCAAAUUAGAAGCAUACGGUGACUCAACUGGGACUAUGCUUGAGAUUCUUGUGCCCAAACAUCGUGUUGGACCAGAAGAGCAUGAAGUUCGUGUGUGCCUUCGCCCAUCUCCUUGGAGUGAACGGACGUAUGUUGAUUUAACUGAAGCAUUGGUUUAAAAAGGAAAGGAUAGUCAAAACUUGCUCUCAUCUUCUGCUGGCAUCAUUCUAUUGACAAUUUACAAAGUUUCUUUUUAUUAAAUAUAUUUCAGGUCAUCCUUUUUCCAUGCAUUUAAUGUUUAGGAACUGGAAUUUUAUGCUUAUCAUUUUCUUUCUAUUAAUCAGUACUGAAUUGUUAUGGCCUUGCAAUAAAUGGGAAGCAUCAGCAAAACUUAUUUAUAUAUUGCUUGGUUUAGUUUUUA